UCGACAAGGCAGCUGAGGUGAUUGCUCACAUCACCAUCCAUCGAUCUAUAUGCAGCUUGCCCUCUAGUAUUUGUGCUGUACAGGUCUUCAUGUUCCCGUUUACAAGCCAAAGCCAACCACAGGACGCUUGACCUACCGCUUUUUCAUUUUCUUCUUUCCUGCAUCCCAUCACGCGAUGCAUCUUGCCCUUCUUUGCACCUUGCCACUUGUGACGACGACCCUCGCAGCGAAUCGCCAAGAUGGACUUUGGCUUCGCAGAGGGCUUUUUCCAGUCCCGGAGCACAGUGUAGGUCAUUUGGCGGAUCAAGCGCUCAGUCGGGAAUCACUCGCUCAGCACGAUUGGUCAGGUCUUUCUCCAAGUCACGGUCAACUUCCGCUUCACGAUCUCAGCGGAGCAGCCCAUUCACUGCACGAUUCGACACAUCGAGCCGCUCCCCUCCCGCAUUCACCGCUCCACCCACCGGGCGAUGCUUCGAGCCCGCGUGUCGGGUCGCGCUUUGAUGAGGAUGACUUCGUCAACUCCUUACUGCGAUCACCUUCCCGGCCCAAUACACCUGCGCACUCGAGCCAUGAUCACGGUGGAAACUAUGUGCCGGCUUCUCCAUCGGCGCCCAGCCCAGCAGGAUCAGCAGGUCCGCAUCACUCAGCCAACCAGCAUCAUCUCGAUGACGACUUUGUCAACUCGCUUUGGGCAGAACCCUCAGAUCACCAACACAGUCUGGGAUCUGUUUCGCCAGCGAGCUCUAACAAUCUACACUCACCAAGUCCCUCCACUUCUAAUGCCGGUUUGUCCACCGCGACCGUGCACAGUGGCGGCUCUGCUGAGCACAGUAGCGAGAACACAUCUUCAGCUCAGCCAAUUGAGAACGAAAGCCCGACUUUCGAAGAAGGCAAACAUGCCAACAUGCAAAAUUGGUCAGAAGUGCCAGUGCCACGACGGCUCUUGUCUGCUGAAGCAGGUAGCCUCCGCACGCGUGAACGACGGUUGCGUGAAGCGGAAGUGGCUGGAGCACCUCCACAGGAGAUUGCGAGGCUCAAGUCACUCGUUUCAGAGGCCUGGUACGCAUUACCGAAGAAGCGGCGCCAAAAGGCGCCCUUCGAGCCCGAAGCCUAUGCUUCGAAGCGAUUAGACCACUUGAUCCACCAACGAGAAAAGGUAGCUCCAGAGCACGCCGAACAGCUGGAAGCUGCUAUUGCAGAAAAGUCCGCUGCUGCGAAGCUUCCCGAAAUUCCCAAAGAUAUCGAACAUUUUAGAGUCAUGAAGGGGUACAAGGCCCGGCCUGUGAGACCGCCACGCGUUCCUGAAUCCCUCCAGCAACCAAAGGCGAGCGAACCCGAACUGGGUGAUCCAAAAGCUCCUUCAGCAAGUCCACACACAAUCACAUCCAGGGGAGCGCCCCCCGCCAAGGUUCGUCCUUACGAAACCUCGAACGGUAUAGAUGGAAAAAGUAUGCUUUCCCUGCUGAGGGAGAAGACGAAACGGAAGAGCGAGCGUGCAGAUACGUCUGAGGUCGAGGCAAAGAUCGCAGCUCUUGCGAGGCAAAGGGAUCUUCCCGUGCCGACUUCGAAGUCCAUGUAUUACUACCGGCUAGAAAGGCACGUUGAUGGAAACGAAGCUUUGCACAAAGACAUAGAAGCAGGUGCCUUAUCACCGCGCACAGCAGGACUCACAAGGUCUUCCUUCGAUGUCUUGUUUCGUCAAAAACAGAGAACGUCGAAUCCCGAAGAUCUGGCACGCAUUUCAAAUGCUCUCGACGCCAAGGCCAGGUCACAAGGUCUCCCAAGGACACCUCCCUCAGAGUCCGCUUGGCGCAUGCAGUUGACAAGAAUGGCUCGCGCCAAAAGUCGAGGCAAAGAAGUUAGACCGUACCGACACUCGGGCAUCAAUCCCUUGUUCAAGCAGCGGAAAAUUGCCUUCGAUGCAGGUCAGGAUACUUCACAUAUCGAUUCGCGCAUCUCAACGUUAGCUCACGAAAUGGGCCUCACUAGAAGCGAGCCUGGAUCGGCUCCCCGCGUGACGAUUCAGAAGCACAGACAGCUUCAAGCAUUGUCGAAUGCAAACUCUGCUACCAACACCAAAACGUGACAGUGUCCUCAGCAACGCUGCUGCUUCCACGAACGUUCUCGUUGUACAAGCCGCUUUCAAGAGGACCCUUGCGAAUUGGAUGCGGUCCCAUGUA